AUGGUAUUAAGUUUAUUAAAUUAUUUAGUUUUUGGUUUUAAAAAAUUAAUAUUAUUUGAUAAAUUAGUUGUUGUAACUGGUGCAUCAAGUGGAAUAGGUUUAGAAAUUACAAAAGAAUUAGCAAAAAAAGGUAGUAAAGUUAUAUUAAUUGCAAGAAAUGAAAAUAAAUUAAAAGAAAUAAUUGAAAAUAUUAAAAUUGAAUAUGGUAAUAAUCAAUGUUAUUAUAUAAGUGCAGAUUUAUCAAAAGAGGAAGAUUUAAAUAAUUGUUUAAAAGAGAUUGGUAAAAUUUCAAAUGAUAAUGGUCAAUAUGUGGAAAUAUUAGUUAAUUGUGCAGGUGCAGGUAAUUGGAAAUUCAUUGAAGAGACAUCGUUUAAGGAAUGUAAUGAUAUGAUGUCGUUACCCUAUUUCGCGGCAUUUAAUAUGACAAGACUGCUAUUGGAGCCAAUGCUACUUCAUGGCGAGGGCACUAUUGUGAAUAUUAAUUCGCCAGUUUCUGUGAAUGUUUGGGGUGGUUGUAUUGGGUAUGCGUGCUCGAGAUGGGCUUUAAAAGGGUUUACAGAAUGUUUGAGAAUCGAUUUACGUGGCACCGGUGUCAAUGUGUUGGAGGUGAUACCCGGUGAAACUAAGUCCGAGUAUUUCCAACACAACGGUAUCGGCGAUGACUCUUUCCCAUUACUCAGUAAAUUCGUACCAAAGGUAACAGUUGAUCAAGUUGCAAAAGGUACAAUCAAAGCAAUUGAAAAUAGAAAACAAAAGUUAAUCCUACCAUUAAUGUUAAAUGUUGCAAAAUAUUUCGCUUUUUUCCCAUUCUCAAUUUUAUUAAAAUAUCUUUUACUCUCUGAAAAAUCAAGAAAUCGUUUAAUUGAAAUUAAAUUAAAACAACAACAAUUUAAAUUAAAACAACAACAAUUUCAUAAUAUAAAUAAUAAUAAACAAGAAUAA